AUGUCACUGAGCAAGGGGUUGCGGCUGCUCCGGCGGCUGGAGCCCGCGGGGGAGAGCAGCGUCCUGCUGGAGGCGCGCGGCCGCGGCGACUGUCUGCUCUUCGAGGCAGGCACGGUGGCCACGCUCGCCCCGGAAGAGAAGGAGGUAAUUAAAGGGCAGUAUGGGAAACUCUCAGAUGCCUACGGCUGCUUGGGUGAGCUCAGGCUGAAGUCUGGUGGAACCUUCUUGAGCUUCCUGGUUCUGGUGACAGGUUGUACCUCUGUUGGCAGAAUUCCCGAGGCCGAAAUCUACAAAAUCACGGCCACUGAUUUUCACCCACUUCAGGAAGAUGCCAAAGAAGAGGAUCGGCUCUUGGCUUUGAAGAAAAUCCUCAACUCAGGUGUGUUCUACUUCUCGUGGCCCAACGACGGCUCCCACUUCGACCUGACCAUCCGGACACAGAAGCAGGACAAUGACCACUACGAGUGUGCCAAUGCAUUCUUUUGGAAUCAGCUGUUACACGUGCCCCUGAAACACCACCAGGUGAGCUGCUCCGACUGGCUGCUGAAGGUGAUCUGUGGGGUGGUGGCCAUCCGCACCGUGUACGCCUCGCACAAGCAGGCCAAGGCCUGCCUCAUCUCCCGCAUCAGCUGCGAGCGGGCUGGCGCACGCUUCCACACUCGCGGUAUCAAUGACGAUGGUCAGGUGUCCAACUUCGUGGAGACGGAGCAGACAAUUUACAUGGAUGAUGGGGUGUCGUCUUAUGUUCAGAUCCGAGGCUCCGUUCCGCUGUUUUGGGAGCAGCCAGGCCUUCAGGUUGGCUCCCAUCAUCUGAGACUCAACAGAGGCCUAGAAGCCAACGCUCCAGCUUUCGACCGGCAUAUGGUACUUCUGAAAGAGCAGUACGGGAAGCAAGUGGUGGUAAACCUGCUGGGGAGCCGCGGCGGCGAGGAGGUGCUCAACAGAGCCUUCAAGAAGUUACUCUGGGCUUCUUGCCACGGUGGUGACACACCUAUGAUCAAUUUUGACUUCCAUCAAUUUGCCAAAGGCGGGAAGCUAGAAAAAUUGGAGAACCUGCUAAGGCCUCAGUUGAAACUGCACUGGGAUGAGUUUGAUGUGUUCACCAAGGGCGAGAAUGUGAGUCCACGCUUUCAGAAAGGCACUCUGCGAAUGAACUGUCUCGACUGCCUGGACCGAACCAACACUGUGCAGUGCUUCAUCGGCCUCGAGGUCCUCCAUCUGCAGCUCGAGAGCCUGGGGCUACAUUCAAAGCCCAUCGUUGACCGCUUUGUGGAGGCCUUCAAAGCCAUGUGGUCCCUGAAUGGGCACAACCUGAGCAAAGUGUUCACAGGCAGCCGAGCCCUGGAAGGGAAGGCCAAGGUAGGAAAGCUGAAAGAUGGGGCCAGGUCCAUGUCGCGUACGAUUCAGUCCAACUUCUUUGAUGGGGUAAAGCAGGAGGCCAUCAAGCUUCUGCUGGUUGGGGACGUCUACAGUGAGGAGUCAGCUGACAAAGGCAGGAUGCUCAUGGACAACACAGCCCUUCUGGUGACUCCCAGGAUCCUGAAAGCUAUGUCAGAGCGGCAGUCGGAAUUCACAAAUUUCAAACGGAUCCGCAUUGCCAUGGGAACUUGGAAUGUGAAUGGUGGGAAGCAAUUCCGGAGCCAUAUCCUUGGGACCGCAGAGUUAACCGACUGGCUGUUAGACUCACCCAAGCUGUCUGGAAUGGCCGAGUUUCAGGAUGACAGCAGCCCAGCCGACAUCUUUGCUGUGGGGUUCGAGGAGAUGGUGGAACUGAGUGCAGGGAACAUUGUCAAUGCUAGCACCACCAACAGGAAGAUGUGGGGAGAGCGGCUGCAAAAGGCCAUCUCCCGCUCUCACAGAUACAUCCUCCUGACGUCGGCGCAGCUAGUGGGCAUCUGUCUGUACAUCUUCGUGCGUCCCUACCACGUCCCCUUCAUCAGGGACGUGGCCAUUGACACGGUGAAGACAGGGAUGGGAGGCAAGGCGGGGAACAAAGGUGCCGUGGGCAUCUGCCUCCAGUUCCACAGUACCAGCUUCUGCUUCAUCUGUAGCCACCUUACAGCUGGCCAGUCCCAGGUGAAGGAGAGAAACGAGGACUACAAAGAAAUCACCCAGAAGCUGAGCUUCCCAACGGGAAGAAGUGUGUUUUCUCAUGACUACGUGUUUUGGUGUGGUGAUUUCAACUAUCGCAUCGAUCUUACAUAUGAAGAAGUGUUUUAUUUUGUUAAACGCCAAGACUGGAAGAAACUUCUGGAAUUUGAUCAGCUACAGCUACAGAAAUCGAGUGGAAAAAUUUUUAAAGACUUUCAUGAAGGAGCCAUUAACUUUGGCCCCACUUACAAGUACGACGUUGGUUCAGCCGCCUAUGAUACAAGUGACAAGUGCCGGACGCCGGCCUGGACAGACAGAGUGCUGUGGUGGCGGAAGAAACACUCAUUCGACAAGACAGCAGGCGAGUUCAACCUCUUAGACCAUGAUGCCAACGUCCAGCACACCUGGUCUCCUGGGGGCCUCAUGUACUAUGGCCGGGCAGAGCUACAAGCAUCUGAUCACAGACCUGUGCUGGCCAUCGUGGAGGUGGAAGUUCAAGAAGUUGAUGUGGAUGCCCGGGAGAGAGUUUUCCAGGAGGUCUCCUCUUUCCAGGGACCCCUGGAUGCUACUGUCGUGGUCAACCUUCAGUCGCCAACCUUAGAAGAGAGGAACGAGUUUCCUGAGGAUCUGCGCACCGAGCUCAUGCAGACUUUGGGGAACUAUGGGACCAUCGUUCUUGUCAGGAUCAACCAAGGGCAGAUGCUCGUGACUUUCGCAGACAGUCACUCAGCUCUCAGCGUCCUGGAUGUGGACGGCAUGAAGGUGAAAGGACGAGCAGUGAAGGUCAGACCCAAGACCAAAGACUGGCUGAAAGGCCUGCAGGAGGAGAUCACCCGGAAACGAGAGAGCGUGGCCUCCAGGUCUCCCACAGCCAAUUCCUGCUUGCUGGAGGAAAACUUUGACUUCACGACUCUGGACUAUGAAUCUGAAGGGGACAUUCUAGAAGAUGAUGAGGAUGACUUGGUGGAUUACCCGCUGAGUGAUGACCUUCAGGAAGCCCCCAGCUCUGCAGCUGCGGCCCCUCCUAGCAGGUCACCUGGACUCACCAGAAAGCAGCAGCAGCCGACCUAUAAAGAUGACAGCGAGCCGGCCGACUUAAAGCGGGAGCUGGAAGCCGUUGGGGAUUUCCGUCACCAUUCUCCAAGCAGGUCUCUGUCGGUCCCCAGUAGGCCUCGGCCAUCUCACCCACCACAGAGACCCCCCCCUCCACCUGGUUUCAUGGUGAAGAAAUCGGUUUCAGAUGUAGCCAUCUCCUCCGGCACCCACGGCCAGUAUUCAAUUCUGCAGACAGCGAAGCUGCUGCCAGGCGCACCCCAGCACCCCCCCAAAGCCAGGACCGGAAUAAGUAAACCGUACAAUGUCAAGCAGAUUAAAACCAGCAACGCUGAGGAGGCCGAAGCAGCGAUCCGGUGCCUCAUGGAAGCCAAAGCAGGUGGGUGUGUUCCUCUGCCUCUUACCCCAGCAGAAGCCCGGAGGGACCAAGGACCCUCCAAACCAGAAUCCUGCCAGGUGCCCCAGCUCCUGCCCCGGCGGCCCCCACCCAGAGUUCCUGCGAUCAAGAAGCCAAUCCUGAGAAGGACGGGGAAGCCCUUGUCGCCGGAUGAGGAACAGAGGGCCCAUUUUACAAUCGGCCCCCCAGAGACAAGCAGUGAAACCUCUUCUCUAAUGACAACUCCUCAAGUUCCUCCUGUCCCCAAACCCAGAACAUUUCAGCCUGGGAGAAGUGUCGAAAGGAGGUCAGGCGCUGGGAAGCUGCCAUCAGAUGAGGCCCCACCAGCCCUACUGGAGGUCCCGCCUCCUGUGCCCAAGGUCCCCCCGAGGAGGAAGAAGUCAGCCCCGGCCGCCUUUCACCUUCAGGUCUUGCAGAGCCACAGCCAACUCCUCCAGGGCCUUUCUGGCCAGGUGGACUGUCCACCCAGCCCCUCGCUGGACGCUGGCUGUCUCCCCCCACGGACAGAUUUUCCUGGCACAUCAUCUGCCACAAGCCCGGAUGUGGAAGCCACCAAGGAGACCAAGUCAGAAGCAGCCUCCCUUUGUGGUGAUUACCAGGAUCCCUUCUGGAACCUUCUCCAUCACCCUAAAUUGUCGGAUUACUCCUGGCUGUCCAAGAGUUCUGACCGGUUGGACUCAGGGGCCAGGAGCUUUGAAAGGGCAUGCGUGGAACCCCCACAAGUCAGUGCUUCAGCCCCAAAGGUGGAGCCGCUGCCAACAGACCACGGGCAGAAGGGCUUUGGACACUGGGUGACACUCAGUGACCAAGACAACCGGACAACGCUGCAAUUGUUUGACCCGCUGGCGAAAACAUGA